AAGCUGCGGCCUCGGUCUUUGUAAGGCCCCCUCUCGCGUUGUCUAUCGCAGUGCCUGAAGAGAAAAGGAUCCAAUAUAUCCCCCGAAGCUGGAGAACGAAACGGAGGCACAGUCAAGACGAGAUUAAAGCCGAAAACCCUUUUUCUCAACAGUCGCGUUCUAUGCACAGUUAUCCUUUCGAAGUCUUAACAUUCAGGCACUGAGGUAGACAGCCCUGAAGCCGCGGCAGGCAGGCAGGGGCCCUUCGUGGGCUUAGUCGCAGCCGCGUCUAUGAGGCCCCCUUUUCCGCCGCCGCCGGCGCCGCUGCGAGAUGUUUCCGUGGAGCUGUCGCCGCUGAGGCUGCCGGGGUCCGAGACAGUCCCAGGGCCGGGGAUGGGGGUCAGCGGGGGGCAUGGAGGCGGCGGAGGAGCGGGCGCCCUCUCGGCUGAGAGGCUGCGGCUGCCCGUUUGCUGCCUGGGAGUCUUCGUCUGCUACUUCUGGUACGGCGUCCUCCAGGAGACAAUUACAAGAGGCAAAUAUGGGGAAGGAGCAAAGCAGGAGAAGUUCAGAUAUGCUCUGUCUUUGGUCUUUGUUCAAUGUGUGAUCAAUGCCAUUUUCGCUAGGAUAUUGAUCCAGUUUUUUGAUGCUAUCAAGGUGGACCGGACCCAGAACUGGCUUUAUGCAGCUUGCUCCCUCUCCUAUGUGGGAGCCAUGGUCUCCAGCAACUCAGCUCUGCAGUUUGUCAACUAUCCAACUCAGGUCCUUGGAAAAUCCUGUAAACCCAUCCCAGUCAUGUUGUUAGGGGUGACAGUGCUGAGAAAGAAGUACCCAAUGUCCAAAUACCUGUGUGUCUUACUGAUCGUCACGGGGGUGGCCCUCUUCAUGUACAAGCCAAAAAAAGGAGGAGAUAUUGAGGACGACCACAUCUUUGGAUAUGGAGAACUCUUGCUGCUGCUAUCUUUGACUCUGGAUGGCCUGACGGGAGUGUCUCAAGACCACAUGAGAGCACACUAUCAGACUGGUUCCAAUCAUAUGAUGCUGAACGUUAAUGUGUGGUCAACUUUGUUCCUGGGAGCUGGUAUCUUGUUUACAGGAGAGAUUUGGGAAUUCAUACGUUUCACGGAGCGUUACCCCAGUAUCAUCUAUAAUAUCCUUCUAUUUGGCCUAACAAGUGCCCUGGGCCAGAGUUUCAUCUUCAUGACUGUGGUGUACUUUGGGCCCUUGACCUGCUCAAUCGUCACUACAACCCGCAAGUUCUUCACCAUCUUGGCUUCAGUCAUCCUUUUUGCCAAUCCAAUCUCCAAUCUGCAGUGGGUUGGCACCAUCCUGGUGUUCCUCGGACUUGGACUGGAUGCCAAAUUUGGAAAAGCAUCAAAGAAAACCUCACACUGAGAGACCUUUGGGUGGUUCCCUUGAAAACCUCAAGUAUAACAAACUGUUAACUUAUUUUUCUUACUCCCCAGCACCUGUUAUCAAAAUGGACUCAGGAUGUGUGCUUGGGGAAAGGGGAUGGGUUUUAUGUGAGCUCUGGGGAGUGUUUUGUUUUUAUUCCAAAAAUACUGGAUUUUUUUUAAAAAGGAGAGUUUUGUUUAAAUUCUAAUCAAGGUGAGUUUUUCCUCCAUCACUGACCCUCUCCAUGCCAGGAUUCAAUGCUGGGGCUGAUAGAGGGCCUGAAGGAGAAAUUCUUGGCAGAACGGAAGAAAUGUUUCAUUGCAAAUAAAAGAACGAGAGAGAAAGAAACCUA